AAAAGCCAGUGGAUCUUACACUGAAGAGAUCAUGUAUAACCUGAGCUGUUACAACCCCAGUUCCUUUAUCCUUGUGGGAAUACCAGGCCUGGAGAAAUUCCACGUAUGGAUUGGGAUUCCCUUUUGUGUUAUCUAUGUUGUGGCUAUUGUGGGCAAUUGCAUCCUGCUCUACCUCAUUGCAGUUGAGCGCAGCCUCCAUGAACCAAUGUUCUUCUUCCUGUCUAUGCUAGCUAUCACAGACCUUGUCUUGUCCACUGCCACAGUGCCCAAACUGCUCAGCAACCUCUGGCUUGGCUCCCAGGAAAUAACCUUCUCUGGUUGUCUCACCCAGAUGUUCUUCCUCCACUUCAGCUUUGUAGUGGACUCAGCCAUUCUGUUAGUCAUGGCACUGGAUCGCUAUGUGGCCAUCUGCUUCCCCUUGAGAUAUACCGCCAUCCUGACUCCGCAGGUGAUCAUCAAGCUUGUGGUGAGCAUUGUUGUGAGGAGCUUCUCUGUUAUCCUGCCAGAUGUUUUUCUGCUGAAACGCUUACCCUUCUGCAGGACACGUAUCAUCCCACACACAUACUGUGAACAUAUAGGAGUUGCUCGGCUUUCCUCUGCUGAUAUAUCCAUCAACAUCUGGUAUGGAUUUGCUGUGCCUCUCAUGACUGUCAUCUCAGAUGUGAUCUUUAUUGCUGUUUCCUAUACUUUAAUCCUCCGUGCUGUCUUUAACCUCUCAUCCCAGGGUGCCCGCCAAAAGGCCCUCAGCACCUGUGGCUCUCAUGUCUGUGUUAUCCUCAUGUUUUAUACACCUGCCUUCUUCUCCAUCCUUGCUCAUCGCUUUGGGCACAGUGUCCCUCGAAACAUGCUAAUCCUACUUGCCAAUCUCUAUGUGGCUGUUCCUCCUGCUCUCAAUCCUGUUGUUUAUGGAGUGAAGACCAAGCAGAUUCAGGACAAAUUUAUUCUCCUUUUUUCUUUGAAGAAAACAUAA